AUGGAGAAGAAGCGGGUGGUUAUCGUGGGGGCGGGCAUCAGCGGCCUGGCGGCCUGCAAGCACGUGUUGGAGCGCGGCUUCUGCCCCGUCGUCUUCGAGGCCGAGGCUGGCGUCGGCGGCCUCUGGGCGCACACCCUGGCCUCCACCAGGCUCCAGUCCCCCAACUGGGAAUACCGGUUCACCGACUUCCCGUGGCCGGCGGGCGUCACGGAGACGUGCCCCCGGCACGAGCAGGUGCUGGGGUACCUGGAGUCGUACGCGCGCCACUUCGAUCUCCUCCGCUGGAUCAAGUUCGAGUCCAGGGUGGUCGCGGUCGAGUACGUGGGCGCGUCCGAGGAGGAGAUGGCGGCAUGGGAGCUAUGGGCCGGCAACGGCGCGGCCUUCGGUGGCGCCGCCAAAGGCGAGUGGCACGUCGCCGUGCAGCACAAGGGCCAUGACUCCACCGAGAUUUAUCGAGCGGAUUUCCUGAUCCUAUGCAUUGGGAGAUUUAGCGGCGUCCCAAAUUUCCCAAGUUUCCCACCAGACAAGGGACCUGAAGUGUUCGACGGAGAGGUCAUGCACUCAAUGGACUACUUCAACUUGGCGAACCCCACUGCUGCUGCUCUUAUCAAGGGAAAGCGAAUCAUAGUCUUCGGUUCAGGGAAAUCAGCAUUUGACAUCGCAUCAGAGUGCGCAGAUGUCAAUGGCGUUGACUUGCCAUGCACGAUGAUGCUUCGAACCAAGCGUUGGAUGGUUUAUGAAUCUGCUAUCGAAAGGUUUCCUCUCUACGAAUAUUUCUACCGCAGUCGCUUCUCAGAACUUCUCCUUCACAAGCCCGGGGAAGGAGUUCUGCUGAGUCUCCUGGCCACCUUCUUGGCACCUCUGAGAUGGCUAUUCUCAAAAAUCGCAGAAAUGUACUUCAAAUGGAAAAUGCCAUUGCAAAAACAUGGAAUGGUACCAGAACAUAGCUUCUUCCAAUCAGUCACUUCUUGUUUGAUUACAUUAAUGCCUGAAAAGUUCUACGAUAAAGUGGAAGAAGGGAGCAUCGUUCUGAAGAGACCACAGACUUUUAGCUUCUGUAAGAAUGGGUUAUCCAUAGACGGCGAAGGUGAACUAGUGGAGUCGGACUUGGCGAUAUUUGCUACUGGAUUCAAAGGAGACCAGAAGCUCAGAGACAUCUUCACAUCCAAAUGGUUUCAACAGAUUGUGGCAGGCUCAUCAAACACCACUAUUCCUCUCUACAGAGAAUGCAUCCAUCCGCGAAUUCCCCAACUAGCAAUUAUCGGGUACUCGGAGAGUUUGGCAAAUCUUCAUGCUUCGGAUAUGAGAAGUAAAUGGAUAAGCCAUUUCCUGGAUGGUCGUUUCAGGCUCCCAAGCAUACGAUGCAUGGAGAAGAACGUGCUGGAGUGGGAGAAGUACAUGAAACGAUACAAUCACAAGCAUUUUAGAGGAUCAUGCAUCGGCGGCAUUAACAUCUGGUAUAAUGAUCUGCUUUGUCGAGACAUGGGAUUUAACCCGAGGAGGAAGAAGAAGUUUAUAGCCGAAUGGUUUCUUCCUCAUGUGCCUGUUGAUUAUGCUGACCUUGAUUGUAGCGACAAGUGA